AUGCCUCGGCGUAAACGAAGUCCAGAUUCAACAGCCACAUUGAACAAUGAUGCAGCUGAUUGGGACGCCGAGGAUUACGACAAAAGACCCCCAAAGAAGAAGGUAUGGGAGGAAAAGCCUUCGAAAACUCCCUUGCAAAUGAUGGCGAACAAGCAUCAGGACCGCGAUGCGACCAGACGUGAGUGGGACAGCCGAGAGCUCACCAUGGCAUCUGUCGGGAUGCAGAGGCCACUUGUCCAUUAUCAGAGCAUCUGGUAUACUUGGGUACAACGCCAGCCAAAUUUUCCAACAAAUGGGCCCCAGGCCAUGCAUUUGAGACGUUUCCUCAAUGAAACGAUCCAGUAUGUCAACCCUUCCGGCGUAGAACAAACCACCCCGUCGGAGUCAACAUUCAAGAGCGCCAUCAAUUUCAUCAAAACCAUCAACGCCUCAGACUACCCGAUUUAG